UGAGCGUCUGGCAGAUAAAAGAAGGAAGCGACAGUUGUGCCAUGAUGAUGAAGAGCAGAGGAGAAAGUGAGCCUUUCCACCUUUCUUCCCACGGAGCGAGUGGUCCAAACAUGAAGAGAUGGCCGUUCCCUGUUGGAUGUCGCACGAUGAUGAUGACGAUCACGAUGGUGACCAUGAUCGUGAGCAGCAGUCAGGAGGAUGCGGUGCUCAAGGAUGAUCAGGUGGUCCAGGAUUGGCCGCCCUUGGGCAACUCUCCAGUUCCGCCACCUUUACCACCUUCGCCACCUUCGCCUCGGACUUCCUGGCUCAUGUUCAUCAACAACUCCGACAUGCGCAAAAGCUCCCGAAAACUGGAUAAGAGACCUCCAAGACCUCGUGGCCCUUCGGCGCCCCGACUGCAUUCAAAACAGCUCAUCGACGACUUGCACGGCCCGCUCACCGGUAGGGUCACAGCCAACCAAUUAUGCUAAGCUAGCACAGUGUGUCCGUGAGUCGGCAUGUACAUGGAUGUGGGCGUGUCUGUGUGUGUUUGAAGCAGCGUAUGCAAGUGCGCAUGUGUUUGUGAGUGCAAAUGUGGAUUUGUGUGUGUGUGUGUGUGUGUGUGUGUGUGCAAACAUUUCUUCUCAUCAGCGGCCUGCAUUCCUUGUCAAUGCCUCGCGUGUUGCAGGCGUGUCUUCCAAAGUGUUUUGCGAGUUGUGCAAGUGCCCCCCUCGAAUCUCCGCCUCCUUCUUUGGCCGCCUCCCCCAAGUGGUGCGAGUGGCUCGUCGCAGCCUGAUGGAGCUUCACCCCUUCAGUCAGGCCCCGCCCUCCGUAUGUGCUUUUCAACGAGGUCGCAGCGUCAACAAUACCCACGGACGCUACACUGCCACGAUAACUGGAUUUUACCUGCUGAGUGCCCGCCUCCGCCUGAAGUCAAGUGAGCGCGUUCAGGUGCGACUGCACGAGAGCGUGAAGGCGGCCAUCUGCGUCGAGUCACUCUGUCACACUAAACUCUCCAUUGAGUCAGUGGUGGGCGUGGCCAGUGUGGGAGCCGACUUCAGCAUCACUCUGACCGGAACACUCUUCUUACAGGCUGGCGAGUACGCGUCCGUCUACGUGGACAACGCCACCGGCGCCAACAUCAGCGUCUUGCCUGAAUCGUUCUUCUCCACAAUCCUGCUGGGAAGUUGAACCCGCAUCACUUCCUGUCGAGCGCCGUUGUCACUCCUGCUGGAUAUGGUCUAACUUUGAUGAAGUAGUUGAGCGGGCCUUUGUGGGUGUUCGUUUCUUGCACGACAAGCAAGUGCAGGCUGUGUGGGUUGCCUGACGUCUGUCUUUCCCGCAAUUCGCAUGGGUCGGCUUGCACGUGCCGCAAAAUGACUUGCUUUUACAUCUUCACGAUGCUCACCAGCAGCUCGUUUUGUCCAAAAGAUAAAACAAACGUUCCUGUCUGGAAAACAUCUUUAAUAAAAAAAUAACACACACAAAAGUUACGAGUGUUACACUUUGACGUUUCACAGAUAUUUGCUUUCAUGACAUAAUAACCAUUCAGGCUGCAACUAACGACUAUAUUUAAUAAUCUGUCGAUGAUUGCUUUGACUAAAAAAUACAAAUCCAUCCCUUGUUUCCUAAAACAGGACAUGAUUUCAAAUUCACAGUGCAGAAGAUAAAUUGCGAACAGAAGUUGACGAUUCAUUUCCUGGUUUGGCCCAUUACAUCCCUUCAUAAAAUCGGUGAAAAAUGUUGAUGACGCUUGUCCACAUAAAAGCAGAUACUUUCAAACAUCUUCGUCAAAAAAGACGUAAUCAUGCUAUGCAUAAACAUGAAUGUUAGUGUCAUUUACGAUUUUUAGUCAAUAUAUAUGUCGACACAGCUUACCUAUUGAAAUGUUUGAUGCGCCUUUGUUGUCGCACUUUGUCUUGUUAACGUUUGAAUUUUGUGCAUUUGGAACAUUGACAUCGUUUCAGUCUGUGUUUGCUCAUUUUUGUUAUCGGAACUUGCUAAUCGAGCCGCAUUUACUAGCAUGUGUGAAACAAAUUCAUGUAGAGGCCCAAAAAAAGUUAACGAAUGCUGACGGUUGCUGUCUCAUACACAAGUUAGCACGUUACGCUUGGGUUUCAAACCCUUCUGAUUUUUUUUGUAGUCCACAUUAAAGCUGGAAUUUCGAACAUUUUUAUGUUUUAAAACUCAAGCCACUACUAGUGGAGAUGAUACAAUGCUGGUUAAGCCUUCAACAUUUUGCUGUAUUUUUCAACAUUAGAUUCGGUGUCUGUCCACUAAACACUCACAAACACGCUCCGAUUUUUUUGUAACGACUGCAACUGUCGGUGACUGAGUUAACAUAAUUACCACGUGGCUAACAAUUAGCGGGCUCGUUCCCUUUCGUUUGCAAUAAAACAAACUCAAGGCAUCUUCUUGUAAUGCAGUCUUCCACCAGAGGGGGGCGACAGAACUUAAGUUGACGAUAGUCAAUUCAACGACUACUCGGUAACAUUAUUGAUCCUUUU